AUGGACUUGAAGACUGGCAAGACUCGGACCAUUAGCAGAAUCGCCUCAGCGGACCCCAAGUAUCCGUUCAACGCCAUCGGCUUCAACCCCAAAGACAACUACCUGUACGGUACGAAGCAUAAGCACCUCUUGCGCCUGUUUGGCGACGGCAGGACUGAGGAAGUUCUUCAACUGCCCAUCCAGCCCAACAUGGGUGACUUCGACGAGCACGGCAAAUAUUGGUGCAGCAACGGGGGAAAGGUCUGGGCCAGCGUCGAUCUCGAUCCACAAUCCAGGACGUACAAAAAAGUCGAGAGCGGCAAAGCGACCUUUCCGGGUCCAAAAGCCGACAGGGCAUUCCCCUCCGACUGGGCUUACACGCCCGUCGCCAGUGGCCAUCUUUACGGCGUCGGUGUUCUGCAUGACAAGGGACGCAGCUACCCGGCUCUGGUUCGCUGGUCUACCACGUCUAAGGCGUGGAGUGUGAUAUAUAAAGCCAAAAACUUCAAGGACGCUCGAUCAUUUGGUGCCGUCAUGUCGACAAGAAACGGCAUCAUCUAUGGGCUAGAAACCACGUCUGGCAAUAUCGUUCGGUUCGACCUUUACGACCACACCAAAUCGACGGAGAUGCGCGGAGGCCCGGUGUCGCGAAACAAGCCAAGUCACACUUACGGAACCCGUUGCUUGUUGCAGCCGGACAGCCGUUGA